AUGUCAGGUUUUUACCAGGCUCAGCGGCUGCUGGCGCACCGGAGACCACAGAAAUCCUUCUUUGAGACGCUCAUCAGGAGCUUGAUCAUCUUGUGCGUGGCCAUAGCGGUGGUCUUGUCGUCCAUCUCUGUCUGCGAUGGCCGCUGGCUUUUUGCGAGGGGGCAGCUCUUCGGACUGUGGCACUUCUGCACCGUUAGCAACGGCAGCGUCCUGAGGUGCGUCACGGACCUCAGCCUGGCCAAGGUGGAGGGGCUGAGCGUGGGGGUGAUUCCCAUAAGAAGCAUGGUGUCCUUUGCUGUUGUGGUCGCCAUAUUUGGCCUGGAGCUCCUGAUGGUGUCCCAAGUCUGCGAGGACACCAAUGCAAGGCGGAAGUGGUCAAUGGGCUCUGUUCUCAUCCUCGGCUCGUUUUUGCUGUCCGCCACUGGGGUUCUGAGCUUCUCCAUCCUUGUGAAGGAUCACCUCACCUUCACGGGCUUCACGCUGACGUACUGGUGCGAGUUCAUUGCUGCCUUUCUCUUCUUCCUUAAUGGGAUCAGUGGACUUCACAUCAACAGCCUCACACACCCCAGGAAUGGGGUAGGCAAAAUCUAGGUGCAAAGGGUGUACCUCCACCGUUGUGUAAUCGGCUUUGCCAAUUAGACUGGAAAAAAGGGAGUCUAACGAAGUUUGAAAAGGACACCGUGUCUUAAAUUGCGUGCAAGGAGGCAAACCAUGAGUCAGUCUUGAUGCCUGUAGAAGACAUACCCACCCACUGGUCAGCGUGGAGGGCUGCGUGGCACGAGCAAAGCAGAGACUGAGCCUGGCUGCUGCUGAAAUGUGUUUUUCUGGAGGAGUGGUUUAAAGAAGAGUGUGUCCCGUUAAAUGUGCAGAGGGGUGGCAGACUGCGAUCUACACCCCUGGGCUCAGCUUUGAGGCUUACACAAAGCAUGUACUGCUGCGGGUUUGGUGUUGCUGGGCUUUCCCCUGUACUCCGGAACCUGUGAAAGGUGUGACGCAACUUCGGCGUGUCUCCCCGCUUUGCUCCGUCUCGGGGACAGAUGACUUGUGUCUGGCCAUGCUCACUGGCGUGGAGCAUUGAAAAUCUUCACUGGAUCUCACUCCUCCAUUUCUCUUCCACCAAAGGCGGCGCACGGAUCUCGAUCCGGCCACCCAUUUUGUUUCCUGCUGGCAACAUUCCCUGUAUCUGUCCUGUCCUCUGUGAGUUGUUCUGGGACGCCCCUGACAGAGGCGCAGGGAGAUGUAGUUGUCUUGGGGCCGAGGACAGGUUUUAGGUGGUGCAGGUGUACGGGGAAGGGUUGUGAUGCCUUCCUUGGGCAGCGGUGCAUGCUCCUCUGCUCGCGGCCUCUCCCUGCUGUCACCGCUCCUCUGCUGCCACUGUGGGACACGUGCCAAUCCGUCACCCAAACCGGCUCCCUCACCGCCCUCGCAAAGUUCUCUGUAAUAGGGCGCUGCUGCUCUUGGUUUCUUUUUUGUCUCUUCAGGGCAAGAGGGACAAGCUCUGCAGGGGUUUUAGGUAGGCAUUGUGGCUGGGCAGACCACACAGGGACCACCGCACCUUCUGGGGUGCAUUUUGUUUGUUCAGGUUUCCUGCUGGGGCAAUGGGAAAUCUCCUCAUCCUGUAGCUGAGAGUCGCCUGUAGCAUUUUGUGAGGGAGGAGAAAGCGCUAGAUCCUCCUGACCAGACCAAGUCCUUUUCAUCCCCUGAUAAACAGUGGGCCUGGGAGGAGCUGCAGCCCAAGAUUGCCUAAGAAGGGGCUGAUGGGGGCAGCUCUAAUCUGUUACAGCUGAUGGAAGUCCAAAGAGACUUGGCAAAAUUAUAUUAAGGCUGGUCUUCCUUCUGCCAGUGCCUGAGUCAAGAUCUCUACGAUGGCUGCAGCUUUGAAGUUCCCUAUGCUGUCUGUUUUAAAAGGAGAAGAUGACCUCAGCAGGAGAGCUCAGAGGUUGGUUGCCCCACACAUGUCCUUCCUGCCCAACAUACAGCACUCCAUUGCCCAGAGAUAAAAAUGUCUUCAGAAAUAAAAUAUCAGGGUCUCUGUUUUAAUGUUUGGUUUUUAUCAGCUGAUAAAACAGCUUGUAUUUUUGUUAUAGGACAAAUGUUUCUACAUGUUUCAUCUCUGUAGCUUGUCUGAUAGCUGUUGAGCAAGGCUUUCAUUUCCUGUGCAGCAAGUUUGACACAAUUUUUUGCCUGAAACAAAAGCAUCAUAGCACACAGGCCGAGAAGGCUGUGUAGGCAAGCCACGGGUAAACAGCUUUGUGUUUGAAAGCCAAGAAUUGGAAGUCUUGCCUGCCUGACCAUACAUCCACUCUUGCUGAAUGUGCUCCUGUGGACUUGCUUGCCUUCAUGAGGACAGUCUCCAUUCCUUCUCAGAUUUCCGUAACUUGUUAAGAUAACACUCCUAAGCCUGUUUUGCGAUGUGAUUUCAGACCAGGCUUGCUCUGGACAGUGACAGUUGUGCUUUUGCACGUGAGUCUGCCCAUCUCUCUGGUGAGAUAAUGCACAGAGCUGUGCUACCCAGGUGACUCCUGAAGCUCUUGCAAUGUUUGGGGCUCCAUCAGAGUUUACUGACCCUCUCUCAAGGACAAGGACUUGCGCCAUUAACCUGCCUCUGGAAAACUGCACUGUGAUUGUAUCUCUCUUGCAAAGGUGCUUUUGAUUUGCUGACUUGCAUGGUGGAAGAUGUGCUGGUGGGCUGAACUUGCAGAUGCUUGUGUGAACAGUACUAUUGGCUUUAGCAGAGCUACUUACCCCAGGGAGAGUCUGCAAGGUCUGGUCCCAGAUUGUCACACCAUGGUGUUACCAGGUGGUAGAGUGCCUUAACUAGCCCAUGAAUCAGUUGGGUGCAUAGGGGUGCCCAUGCCAGACAGGACAGUUCUCCUACAUGAGGUCAAGGGCUCUAGAUGUCCAUGGCUUGUCUAGAAACAUGCAUGUAACUCCAGAGUGCCUUCUUGUUCAUAACCAAAUUUGGAAAUCAAUUCUGCAUGUACUCCCUUCCAUGCUAGUGGGAGGCUGUGCCCCCAGCCCCUUCCCUGGGGGAAGGCAGCCGUAGCCAGAUGAAGGCACCAGCCCCAGAGUCCCACUCGGGUUAGAGGGAGGCAGUGGACAAUUGGCCAUUGAGGUCACCCAAGCCUUGGUGCAACUGUGAAUUAUUUUAGGAUGCCCUCUGGUAGCUGAAGAAGAGGCCUUUUGUUGGGGUUAGGGAAUCCUCUAGGGAAAACACGAACUUUUUUUUUCCAACUGGCUUUGUAUAGUACUGCUUGACUUACUAAUGCUGGGAGAAGAUGUGUUUUG